AAACAAAAAAAACAGCGGUUUACAAAACCCCAGAAAAAACCCUAGAAAGUAGAAAGCACACACAGAAUCCCAAUCUUACACCAGCGACUAAAAUAAUUAGUAGGGUAUUGCGAGAAAUGGUGUUAGGGCUGAGGCAGUUCGCGGAUAGAGUUGGAGAAGGUGCCGGAGAACCCCUUCUCGACGCUGACAAUGGCGAGGAGCUCAUGCAGGUACUACCUAGUGUCGCUCUCGUUCUUGGGAAUCAAGCUCCUGAGUCCCCCGGCACUCUGUACAUAUCCACCAAGCAAGUUGUGUGGUUGAGUGAUGUGGACAGGACCAAAGGUUAUGCGGUCAAUUUCUUGUCUAUUUCACUUCAUGCAAUUUCAAGGGACACAGAGGCCUAUCCCUCUCCUUGUUUAUAUACGCAGAUUGAAACAGAAGCUGAUGAGGAUGAUUCUGAGGGCUCAGAUUCAGAAAGCAGUGCUGUCUUGGACUUGUCCAAGAUCAGAGAGAUGAGGCUUAUUCCAUCAGAUCCCAGCCAAUUGGAUGCUCUGUUUGACAUCUUCUGUGAAUGUGCUGAGCUUAAUCCUGAACCAAUUGAUGAAGAAGAAGAAGAGCACAAUUGGGUUUUUAGUGCUGAUCAGUUGGAAGAUGAGGCAGCAGAGGAGGAAGUUCAUUUCUCUCAAAAUCCAAGCAACUCAAUUGGUCAUUCAAAUGGGGAUCAUGACCUUGCUCGUACAGUGCUUGAGCUUCAAAUCAACGACCAACGAUUUGAGGAUGCGGACGACGAGAUGGAGCAUGCCCGCAACAGUGGCCAUCAUUGAUCUUCUCUAUGCUUCAAGUGUCGCGUCUUCAAAUGUUUCCAUUAGUCAUAUGUCCCAUUUCUCGAGCCCUAACCAAAGUCUUGCUGUACGUGUGAAUUAUCAUUGUAGCAAUGUCAAUUUGAAGUUCAUGACAAAAGAUAGGGCAAUGCUGUACCAUUAUCCAGAUACCUUUGUUUUAAUAACUAUGACAUAUUUUAACAA